CGACCAAGCAACAGGUUCUUUUGUUUUGUUCACGUGAUCGGAGGUAGUACUCCGGGCCGACUUCAUCAGCGCGGCUCUUUCAAUUUCUAUGAGCGCGUUCAGUUGUGUUCUAACAGCGGUAGAGUGUGAUGCGCUUUGCUACGUUUUGUACUAUCGCAAUAGAACCACGAUGUUCUUGUAGCAAAUGAGUGCGACUUUGUGCGUGCCAAGUGACUGGAGUAUGGUACUGCCAAAUCAUGUUUGGAGUGUUUUUGAUUUUCAUCCUCUUCCAUUCAGUCAAAUCGGAGAAUAGCAGCGACGCAGGAUGUCUGUCUGAACCCUCCUGCCUGAAAUGUAGCCCCAAAGGAUGUAUCAAAUGUCCUAAUUUGAUUGUGCAUCCGUCCCGCCGUUGCGUCACCACGUGUCCCUACGGCCACAACCCCAGAUGGAGCACCCGUUUGGAUUAUAUGGGCCGCAUAUGCGUCCACAACGGUAACUUCCUGGGUUUACCAUCGGAAACCGCUACCGUCCUAACUGGUGUCAUAGCCGGAACAGUAUUAUGCGCCAUUCUAAUUGGUUCAGCUGUGAUCUACCUCAAAAUUAGACGAAAACACUUGUCCCAAAACGUCGACGCCAAUUCAGAUUUAGAUGACUCGCCUGAAAGACGGGAUUUCCUGAAGCAACUGGAGACAUUACGGCCUUAUGCCGAGACGUAUCUCGAUAUGUUGAAUGACACGAGACGCCAGUUGCGAGAGCUACACAGAACGGGUGAUUCACAUGCGUUAGCUGCCUACAAGCCUGUGCUACGCGAUCUUGCCAAAAUACUCCUAUUACUGAACCGACAAGUCGAUAGGAUUGCAGUACCUGACGACUGGGAGCACCUCUUCAAUUGGGCCGAAAAAGCCCUGAAGCGCUACAAACGAAUGAGUGACGUUUCGCAGCCCCAAGUUGCCCAGUUGAUCAACUUUUUGCAGGGACCUGCCCUCCCAAUUCCAGAAACGGAAGUCAGAAACAGCACUACCAUGUCUACUUUCAAGCCUGAUCAAGUAUUUGGCUCAUCUUUGAGUUUGCAGAAUGCCGCAAUCAAAAACUUUGCCUGUAAUUAUGAGUCGGCGCUUCAUACGACUCUGAAUCCUCAGUGGAAGUUUGAGUAUUCGCUUGUUAACCCGCCAACGUCGGAGUUCAAUCCGGCGAUUUGGAAGAACAGUAAAGAAUAUCUCAACAGUUCCUUGUUUCUAGACGAUGAUUUUUCCCAACUGGGGUUUAGGCCUCAAGAUGAAAUCACGACCGAAUUGUGACGACGGUCUCGUCACUUUUAAACCAAAUUUUAUUGCUAGUCAUUUAUUUUUUUACAUUGUAUUAGUAUGAUAUAAGUGUGUAAUUUAUAGUUUUAAGAAUCCCAGUGUACAUUUGACAAAUAAUUUUAUUAGGUGAUUUUGUUCUGCUGUUAGAGCAAGCGAGUGGAUUAUUAUCAUUUAGGAAAUACGUAGAAAUUAAAAAAAAAACACAAGUACAAUAUCAGAUAUUAUUUUUUUUACCAAUCCACGUUGCUAUAAGUAAAAUAUUACAAUUAUUUAAAUAAAAUUAUUUAUGUAGGAGAA